AUGGAAAAAUAUUGGGACUGUGAAAAAUUAUAAAAGGAUGACCCAAAUAAAUUUCAAAGUAUAGGAAAUUAGUUUGUUAAUAGACUCAAAUCAAAUAUUAAGGAAAUAAUUAGUUUAUAUUCUAAACAUGAGUUUUGCUAAACUUAUGCUAUUCUUAUUGAAGUUAGCUGUUAAAGCAAGUAUAUUUUUGCAAUAAUGAAAAAGGAUAGUGUAUGCGGAAUAAUUGGAUUCAAGUGUGGUAUAAUUGAAAAAUUACCUAAAUUAAUAUCUGGAUGAGAUAGAAGGGAUUUAGCGCAUAAGGCAGAACUUUUAAUCAGAAGAAGAGAAAUAAGCAGUAAUAUUAUUCUUGGAUGUGAUUCAAAUAGCAACAUCAACUAUUAAUGAUUGGUAUUAAUUUAAUAAUUUGCCUUAAUAAAAUGAUGUUUUUCAAUCAGAAAGUAAAUUAAAUCCUAAAAUUAGUUGAUUCAAUAGCAGAAAUUUAUAAAAUUUAUCAAACUUAAUAGAAUACUAAUGAGUGUGAGUGCUAAUUAAUUUGA